AUGUUAUAUUCAAUUUAUAAUUACAUAAAGUCAUUCUUUGUGGCUGUUGAGCCUGUUGUAGAACUCCAACAACAACAGGUACCACAACAAUCAAACAAUAACAACAACAACAACAACAACAAUAAUAAUACAGCUUCAACCAAUGAUGAUAAGAGGAAUAAUAGGAAGAGCAUGUACUUCUCAGAGAGAGUGCUACCAAAUGAUCCUGUUGCCAUAAAGAGAGAACAAUCAAUGCUUGCCAAUCCCGAUGAACUAAUUGAAGACCCCAUGAUAAUAAGCUAUGCCAAUGAAGAACAGAGAGCUGGUAAACUGACUGGAAUGGUAUUAUUCACUUUAGCCGACCUACCUUUGAACAUAUCAUUCACAACACCAUCUGGACAAUCCAUUAUCAGAACAAACGAGUCCACUGUUGUCUUUGCCAAAAAUCAAACAUUCACGAUUCCAUAUACUUCCAAUGUCACCCAAGAUGCACCUAAACAAGAUAACUCUGAACAACAGAGAUUGGCCCAAGUGGAAGCUGCUGAGAAGAAACGUUUGGCUGACAUUGAGACUGAGCGUAAGAGGUUGGUUGAUGAAUCUGAGAAGCAACGUCUGGCCAAAGAGAGUGAGCAAAAGCGCAUGGCACAGGAAGCAGAGCAACUGAGACUGGCAAAGGAGGCUGAGCAGAAACGUGUAGCGCAUGAAGCCGAGCAACAGAGACUGGCAAAGGAAGCUGAACAGAAGAAGGUUGCACAACAAGCCGAACAACAACGAUUAAUCCAGGAGCAAGAGAAACUUAAGGCUGCACAGGAGAAGGAGCGACUGGCCAAAGAAGCUGAACAGAAGAGACUGGCUAAGGAGGCUGAGCAACAAAGACUGGCCAAGGAAGCAGAGCAGAAGCGCAUUGCCCAGGAGGCCGAGCAACAAAGAUUGGCCAAAGAGGCAGAGCAGAAGCGUUUGGCCCAAGAGGCUGCAGAGGUCGAGAAGAAGCGACUUGCUCAGGAGGCUGAGAACCAGAGAUUGGCCAAGGAGGCCGAGCAACAGAGGUUGGCCAAGGAGGCUGAGAACCAGAGAUUGGCCAAGGAAGCUGAACAGAAACGACAGGCACAAGAGGCUGAGCAGAAGCGCAUCGCUCAGGAGGCCGAGCAACAGAGAUUGGCCAAGGAAGCUGAGGACAAACGAGUGGCUCAGGAGAAAGAGAGAAAGGCCAAGGAGGAUGAACAAAAGAGACUGGCACAAGAGGCCGAGCAACAAAGAUUGGCCAAAGAGGCUGAACAGAAGCGCAUUGCCCAGGAGGCCGAGCAACAAAGAUUGGCAAAGGAAGCGGAACAAAAGAGAUUGGAACAGGAGGCUGAGAAACAGAGAUUGGCUCAGGAGGCUGAACAAAAGAGAUUGGCUCAAGAGGCUGAGAAACAGAGAUUGGCUCAAGAGGCUGAGCAACAGAGAUUGGCCAAGGAGGCUGAGCAAAAACGAUUGGCUGAUGAGGCCGAACAACAAAGACAGAUCAAGGAACAAGAGAGACAGAAGGCAGCACAGGAGAAGGAGAGACUAGAGAAGGAGGCUGAACAAAAGAGAGUGGCCGAUGCCGAGGCUGAACGCAAGCGCCAGGCACAAGAGGACGAGGAGAAGAGGAAACUAAGCGAUAAGAGGACAAGAGAGGAGGAUACAGAGUCAUAUGAAAGGUCCUCCCCUGAUACCAAUAAGCUUAUACAUCUGACACUCGAGAGACCAUCCAAGAAGGGAAGGAAGAAGCCCCAGAACAGAUUGUCCCAACACCCAGCCAUCAAGGAGGUUGUCUCCUACUCAAAGGAAGACACAUCAGUGUCCACUACAUCAACAGCCGCUGCAGACGAGGAACCAUCAGCCACACCUACACCAACAGGACCAAGCAACAAUGUGAGAAAGUAUGGAGGUGUCGCAAUGAUUCCAGGUGGCAUCGAUCUGACUGCCGUUAAACUAAAGAAGCAGGCUGCAGCCAAGCCCGAGCAGCCCUCUCAGGCACCAGCCUCCGAGCCACAACAAGUAGAUUUCCGCCAUAUGUUGAAGAAGAAGCCGACCCAA